AUGAAGAACUCAAACUUCAUCUUGUUUCUUUCAGUGUAUGUACUUGUACAAGUUCUCCAGGUUUCAAAUGCUGAACCCUACGACUACAUGCAGUUUGUGCUCCAGUACCCGCCUGGACUUUGUUACAGUUUACCAAAAGGUCAAUGCAUCUCACCUCUACCAACUAAGUUUACCAUUCACGGGAUAUGGCCGUCGAACAACAGCGGUAUCUUUGUCACUUGUCCUAAAGCACUUGCAAAACACCCAUUUGUUGCGGCGCAGAUCACUACACCCCUAAAAGUCAAUUUGAGCAAAUCAUGGCCAUCUGUGUUAAAAUCAAAAACCAACUUGCAGUUUUGGCAGCAUGAAUACGAAAAGCACGGGGCUUGUGCUGUAGAAUCGGGAACACCUCCACUCACCCAGAAGUCAUAUUUUGAAAGAGGCGACCAGCUCUGGAACCUGUAUGACAUCUAUGGGGUGCUUAACAAAAGUGGAAUCAAACCAAAUGCUACAUCACCAUACAAUAUGACUCAGCUUUUGACUCCAAUCAAGACGAAAAUAGGGAGUAAUCCUGUAAUCAAAUGCAAGAAGAGUACCAACAAGUACGUGCUACAAGAAGUGAUUAUUUGCAUGGAUCACCAGGCGAAAAAAAUUCUCACUUGUCCCAGUUCGAUAAAAACAAAUUGCCAGGAUCCGUCGGGCAAGAUUUACUAUGUUGCUUAA